CCUCCCUUUUGCCAGUUCGGAAAUGAAAAGGGACAUUUUGUUGUUUUGCCACGGCUCGAGUAUUUACUAACUUUUGAAUCUGUUGGUGGAAACACAUGAGGGAUAUAGAUGGUAGGUAAAAUCCAGCUUUAAAAUAGAGAUACAAGAAAAGAAAAAAACAAGGGAAAUGUUUGUGGAAAAUGUUUGUCAGUGUCUUUACAAACCGAAACUGUCAGUGAGUAAAAGGACGAGUACAAUAUUUAAGGUGGCUCUAUCGUAGUUCAUCAGGAGAUGGCGCUGCACAGCUGCAGGACUGUUGGUGACGAAUGCUUGGAGAAAUGGGAGCUAGUCGGCUCGGGGGGAUUCGGCCGAGUCUUCAAGGCCAGGCACAAAGACUUGCGAAUUGAUGUGGCUAUUAAGAUACUCCAUGAUGGAGUUAGCGCCAUGAUACUGCGUGACGAGGCCAAGUUUAUGGAUUUGGCUUCCUGUGAGUUUGUGGUGAGGCUUAUUGGAAGUUAUCACGGCUGUCAGCCUGGUAAACGACCUUGCACACAACAGGGAAUAGUGAUGGAGUUCAUGGAAGGCGGAUCUGUUCAGUCCCUGCAGAAGGAUCUCGGUGGCCCUCCACCGUGGCCCCUGGUUUUACGCUUGGCCCAUCAAGUGGCUCAAGGCAUGAACUUCAUCCAUCGUGAAAAACUCAUGCACCAAGACCUUAAGCCAAGUAAUGUACUGCUGAAUUAUCACCUUAACGCCAAGAUAGCAGACUUUGGUCUGACCAGAGUUUCUGCCAGCGCUUCGAAAAGCAACAUGGAAACACCAGGGCAGAUUGGAGGCUCAUACAAGUAUAUGCCCCCAGAAGCUUUUAAAUCCGCAUCAUAUGAACCUGUUCGUUCUUUUGAUGUAUACAGCUAUGGUAUCCUGCUCUGGUCCAUUGUUACUGGUAAAGAGCCUUAUCAAACGGCUAAUUACGAACGAGUGGCAUGGAAGAUCCCUGCAGGGGACAGACCUCUCUGUGAGAAAUUUGAGCAGAAAGGGGAAGCCGGGCUGGACGAACUGGUUUCCCUCAUGAAUCGGUGCUGGGAUGGCAGUCCUGACAAAAGGCCUACCUUUUUACAGUGCCUGGACGUCACUGAGAAAUUGCUGUCAAUGCACAGGAUAAGAAUUCAUGAUGCCGUGGGUCAAGUAUUGAAAAGACGGAUGUCACCAACCAGCGGUACAUCAAACACAAAUCGGGCAUUCAAUGUUCCCCUACAGACAGCAGGUAGAUUGUCAACAACACUGUUUGUUUGUCGAGAACAGUUUGAAAAUGAUACUUUGGACCAUUGCAGGAUCACAGAAGCUCGAAAGUCUUUCACUCAGGUCUGUGAUUCUACUAAAACAAUGAGUAUUAAAGAUAAAGCAAAGUUUGUUGAUGACAACCGGGCAAAGUUGAUUCAAGACGUUUCAGAGGUAAUGGCAAUAACUGAUGAGCUUGGAGACAUGGUCCACCGUGAAACCUUAUCCGAGAUUGGAAGAAAGGACACAAUAAGUCAGCAGAAAAUGAGAGUGCUUUUUGGUCGGACUCUACGUUCAGGGGGGAAAAAGGUCAAGGCAGCCUUCUACGAUGCCCUCAAAGCUCAUCAUCCCGACCUAGUGGAGAGCCUUGGUGGUUAUCUCUGAAGAAUCUGGCUGUGCACAUUCUCUGCAGGUUCAGAGUACUUCCCAAUGCAUGCCAAUCUUUUUUUUAAAGUACAUAUCUUUCUUUAUACAUUUAUACUGUUGAGAUUUUACAAAACUUUUAUAUUCUUUAACAUAUCAAAUAUCAUAAAUGUAAUGAUCUUUGAAAAACAAAAAUGUUCUUAAUAAACAUAUGUUAAUUCAAAA